CCAGAUCACGCUUCUGGAAUGCUCGCGGCGUCAUCAAAUCAGCGCACAGGGCCAAGAGAAUGCGAGAGCAAUGGACAGCGACACAACCAAUUGCAGAUGAAAGCGCCAAAGGUGACCUCGUUGUAGGUGAUACUGUUGUUGUUGGCUUCACUGAUGUCGCCACCGUCGCCGUACAUGAGAGAAGUAACUCCAACAUCAUUGUUAUUGUUGAACCAAUCGAUGAUAAAGUUGUUAUUGAUGUUGAUAGAGGUGAUAUCGUUGCUAGUGUCGCUGUAGUUCAUGAUAUCAUUGUUGUUGUCGAUGGUGUCUUUGAUGAUGAUGUCGCUGUCGUUGUUGAUGAAAGCGAUGGCAGCAGCGUUGCCGUUGGUGUUGAGGCCGUUGACGAAAAAGUCUUUGUUGAUGUUGAUGACGCCUCUGCUGAUGAUGCUGACGAUGCUGACGAUGCUGACGAUGCUGAGGAUGCAAACUGCCCAAGAGGAGUAGAAAAUGCCACCUCAUGACACUGAGGAUGCAAACUGCCCAAGAGGAGUAGAAAAUGCCACCCCAGGCCACAUUUCAGUUGCCAGCCUCACCUUCAUCCCUUCACGAUGUUCUGCGCCUUCAUUGAAAAUCGUGUUGCGAACUUGUAACUGAAUAUCAGAGCCUCAGCCCGCUGCCAAUCUACAAAUGCCCCCAACGCCGUCGAUCUGCCAACGCGGCCAACGACCUCGAUCUGCCAAAGAAGGGUUGACAGUUGUCGAGACUUGUCCUCCAGCCAUGCGGCCGGUGCUGACUCCCCUCAAUCAACCACUGGCCAGGUC